AUGGCAAGCAAAGCGAGAAUUCUCAUCCUUGUGAUGUUUUCAAGCUUCAUGUUUCUCAUGGGGCCUUCAUAUUCGAAGAAUACUGACACAUUAAUCCAAGGCCAAAAGCUCAAUUGUGGGGAUCAACUGGUUUCAGCUUAUGGAAUGUUCAAGUUAGGAUUCUUCCACAGAUAUUUCAGUGAACAGGUGCUGGGAGAUUCGUCGAGACAUACGCGGAGAUCUAAGUAUUACAUAGGAAUAUGUUACCAUUCCAAUUUCUACGUCCAACGAGGUCCUUUGGAUGUUAGAAUUUCUGCUGGAUGUGAUGAUAGGACGUAUCCCAUUUGCAGGAAGGAUCUCUCUCACAUAAGCAGGCAAGUUGGUUCUGUGUCUGGAGAUGAAUUCAAGUUCGAUGAGAAUGAGAAGCUGACUAUCAAUGACUGUCGAGAAAAAUGCUUAAGAAAUUGUUCAUGUGUCGCCUAUGCAUCCACAAAUAAGAACAAUGAAGGCAUUGGCUGUCAGAUUUGGAGCAGACUAAAACUUGGAACAACCACAUACCCAAAUUGGCAUACUGUAUACGUCCUUGAAUCCAAAGGUAAGAUGACUUAUCUCCAGAAAUUCGUUUUUUUCAAUUUUGGAAAACACGCAGAUGCCUCAGCCAACUGCUAG